GAAAGAAGAAGAGCCGGCUACUAAUAUAUUGGGGGGUGGGAUGAGGAUGGUGCUAUGUUUGUAGCUUGUUCUUACAAGAGUUGCUUAGAAUUUAAACUUGUCAUCUACAGUAGAUGGCUGCUUUAUUCUGGAUAGUUCUAAAUCAGCUGUUGUCAAAACCAAGAAGUCUCGAAUUGUGGAGAGCCUGCAGCCAAAAAAGGGAAAGCGACAUAGCCCGUGCUAAACCAAGAAUAAAUAUCGGCGUGGCUUUUGAGAAAUGGUGACGACCCUGAAGACUGACGCAGAGAUGUUUUUUUUUUCUGCUGAACAAGUAAUGACAGUUCAGUGGCUUAGUAGGUAGAUAGCAAACAUUAGCACACAUGUUCACUUGAUUCAGCUAGGUAUUGAGUUUCCUAUGUUGUUUUUUUGUUUCGCUAUGGUCAGUGUGGUAAACUGCACUUAUUUUCUGCUAACUAUGAGAGAAAGCAAUUCACCUAAACGCCAAGAAAACCAUACCCGCUGCCACCUCCGCUGUGAAGUAUUGGAGCUAAUAUACAAUACAUACUUAUAUCUCGAACCAUCAGAUACAUUCCAACCUAUAUAUAAAAAUAAAUUUAAAAAAAACUCAGCAAGUAGCUUGCAAUUUUAUGUUUCACACAGAGAUGGCGAUAGAGAGGCAAAAAUUCAGAACUGCAUCUUUAAAAAUCUCUUCAGAUGCAAAAAAGAUACAUCUCAUGAUAGACUCAUAAAAGGAAUAUAUAAAAUGUAAAUAAAUAAAUAAAUAUAAAAAGUCAACUCCAGGCCGAUAGCAGUUCUGACCUCAGUUCUGUAUUGGAGAAUGGCAAUAAAGUUGACUGGAGUGUAGUGAACUUGGCCUCUGUAAGGACUGUGAGUUUGAGUUUGGAGCUCUUGAAGGUAGCACAGUGGGACAGUACUUUGUACAGUGUUACAUAACACUGCUGCUGCAUGUUAGUUUGCUGAGAAGAGUUUGCUGAGAAGAGUGGAAGCACAACCAAAACUCUGCCAUGCGUGUAGCGAUCAUCGGAGCUGGGGUUAUUGGCCUUUCCACAGCCCAGAGUAUUUACGAGCAUUACCAUGACAAAAUCAGUCCCUUGAAUAUAGAUGUCUACGCAGACGUCUUUACUCCUUUGACCACCAGCGAUGGAGCAGCAGGACUGUGGCAACCAUACCUCUAUGAUAAGGGCAAUAUCCACGAAACAAAAUGGAACAAAGAAACAUUUGAUUACCUUCUGAGUUUCCUCAGUUCUCCCGAAUCUGUUACAAUGGGAAUAUUCCUGCAGUCGGGCUACAACCUGUGCACCCAGCAUGCCCCGGAGCCAUCGUUUAAAGAUAUUGUGUUGGGUUUUCGGGAACUCACCCAGCGUGAACUUGAUAUGUUUCCUGGAUAUAGUUUGGGUUGGUUUAACACUGCUAUAAUGCUGGAAGGGAAGACGUAUCUGCCCUGGCUCAUGAACUGGUUGGCAAAAAGAGGCGUGACAUUUCACCACAGAAAGAUCCAUUCAUUUCAAGAGUUGGCAGAGAGUGGAGCGGACAUUGUCGUCAACUGCUCAGGUGUUCGAUCAGGUGACCUCCAACCUGAUCCUGAGCUCACUCCAGGCAGAGGACAGAUCAUCAAGGUCGAUGCUCCUUGGAUAAAGCACUUUAUUCUGACACACAAUUUCACAUCAGGCGUUUACAGUUCACCGUACAUCAUCCCAGGGAGUCGUCUAGUGACAGUUGGGGGAAUUUUCCAAGUGGGAAACUGGACUGAACAGAACAAUUCCAUCGACCACAAAGGCAUUUGGGAGAGAGCCUGUGCAUUGGAGCCAAGCUUAAAACAUGCUCGCAUAGUGGAGGACUGGACGGGUCUCAGACCUGUACGCAGUAAAGUCAGGCUGGAGAGAGAGACCAUCCCAUACGGACCCAGUGUGAUUGAGGUAAUCCAUAACUACGGUCAUGGGGGCUACGGGCUGACGAUCCAUCGUGGCUGUGCUGAAGAAGCUGCCCGUCUUUUUGGCGAGAUCUUGCAGCAGCAAGCCAAGGCUAAACCUCGACUCUAAUUCAACUGUUAUAUAAAAGAUAUUACUCGCCUAUUCGAACUAAUUCAUCCAUAAACAAUGAUCCAUAUCAGUCUGUAAUUUAAAUGUAAAUCUGCUAGUGGAAACUCAUAAAUCAGCAGCGGUAGCAGAAAUACAAAAAUAUCAUUUUAAAAGAUUGUUUAACUCAAUUUAUACCAAUCCUAUCCAAUGAUUAACCAAAGGAAACAAACAAACAAAACUCUAAUAAUGCAAUAAAUAGAAUUACACACCGUU